AAACUGCUACCGUAUGCGAGGCCGAGAGCACUUCAAGAAGUGAAUAAACACCUCUGCAACAGAAAGAAAGAUGAGAGCAAGUCAGAUGUGUGGGUCGUUGUCAGCUUUCAUCAGAGCCAUCUUCAUAAUCGAGUGUCUGCCGACAGUUGUAAGGGGAGAUGGACCAGAUCCUGAGGAGCCUUUAGAUCUUACCUUCGUCUUGAUCGGCGUGGGGAUCGGCCUGCUCUUUGUUGCCGCUUUCAUUCUCUCCAAGUUCUGCUUGAUUAGGAAGCAAGCGUUCGGAAAACAGGAUUGUGGCAUGAAGAGGCCCUCAGAGCCAAACAUGGUCAUUUUGAAACAUCUCAGCCAGUCGCAACAUUCGGCGGAGGUGGUUUCCAGUGACAUGCAGGGUUAAAGGUCGAGCUCCAUGCGAAACUUGGCAUCUGGGUGAAGGGUCAGCCCGUGUGGCCCCACGUCUCCUCUAGUUUUGCCGGAACUUCAACCCCAAACCUCUUCAGAGACACGUCACUGUGCAGUCCUAUAGUGAAUAUCUGUGGAGGAUGUGCUCUAAUUCAGUGGUUGGGAGUUCUCAUCGUGUUUAAAAAGAUGAAUAAAUAAAAAAAUAAGCCC